AAAAUCCCUUAUAAACAGUAUGAGAAUGCUGAAGAAAAGAAAAUUAAUAAAAUUGAAAUAACUCAGCAACUCACAAAUCAACAAAAGAAAAAAGAAAGGACUGAAAAUAUAGAGUUAAAUUUUGCAAACAAGGCUGAGAAAAGAGCUGUGUCAUUAUAUUGUGAUGCUUAUAUUAAAGAUACAAAGAUUUCAUUAAUAAUUGAUUCUAGUUUAGCUGAAUGUAUCAUUUCAUUGAAAUUACUAAAGGACCUAGAUAUGGAAAUAAUACAAGCAUCAAAGACUAUUAUGAUUAAUGUUAAUAGAAAAAAGAGAAGACUUUUAGGUGCAGUAACCAAAAAUUAA